CGUAGCAUUGCCUGUCAUUGUCAUAGCCGGAAACCCGUUCGCUAUCGCCACCUCUCUUCGAAGACGCGCUAAGUCGCCGGUGCCGGCUAAAUUACUUGUUAAAAAUUAAAAAGUUAAUUUGUGUUAUUUUGUGCAGAUAAUAGUGAAAAUGGCUCCACGUACAGUUAAAACUAAGAAAAUUGCUGAUGUUAAAGUAUCUGAAAGUGAUGCACCAAAAAAGGGAAGGGGAAAAGCUAAAAAUGUACCAGAACCUGACCAAGACUUGUUAGAAAUUGUAGAGGAAAAGGUUUCAGUUUCAGAAAAAAAGAACAAACGUGGUAAAAAUACUGCUGCUAGUGAAAAUCAUGAGGAAGAAAUUAGUGCAAGUAAUAAGGAAGAUAAGGCCCCAGCUGCUAAGAAAGGAAGAAAGAAGAUUGUUGAGGAAUCCAAUUCAGAUUCUAACACAUUAAAUGGUGAUAAUUCUGCAGAAGAAGAUUCAGCAACUACCAUUGAUACCCAGAGUGAGGGGAACAGUGAAUCAAAUGGACAUAUAGAAGAUGUUCAAGCACCUUCUACAAAAGGCCGUAAGAAACCUUCAAAAAAAGAAUUAGGUGAAGUUAAGCCAAAAGAAAGUGCAAGAACUAAGAAAAAUGCUAAACAAGAAACUGUAGAUAUUAAUAAGGAGGAAGUUAUUGAAGAAAAGCCUAAAGGGAGGGGUAGAAGUCGAAAGGCACCACCAAAACCAGAGCCAGAACAAGAAGAUGAUGAUGAUGAUGAAGAAGAAGCAAAAGUUGAACCACCUGCAACUAAAGGUAAGAAGAAAGGUCAACAAAGAGUAGUGCAGGAAAAAUCUCCUGAUUUAAAAAAAAAUACAGAAAACAAAGAUAUAGAGAAUGAAAAUGAAGAUUCUAAUGAGGAAGAUAAGGAUGUUGAAGAAGAAAAAAUGGAGGAAGAGCCAAAAAAGAAAGUUCGUAAAAAUGUAGGGAAAAAAGGGCAAACUAAAGUGGAAUCAGAAGACAAUGACGAAAUCAAAGAAGCUCCAGCUAGCAAAAAGAGGAAAGGUGCUAAAAAAGAGGAAAAAGCAAAAGGUGAUAUAAAGAAUGAUGCUGAAAAGGAUGAAGGUGCUACUGAAACGAAGCCAAAAAGCAAACGGGGACAAAAAAAGGUAGUUGAGAAAUCGGCAGAUAUGGAAGAAGUACAAGACACCGGUGAACCAACUACUAAGCGUCGGCGAAAGGCUGACGAAAAGGCCACUGAAGAUAGUAAAAAGAAACCAGCUAAAUCUGCAACGGAUUAUCAAUCAAUAGAUUUUUCUAAUCAUUCAAAAAACUCACAGGGUAAGGAAUGGAACUUUAAAAUAGCAAGUUGGAAUGUGGAUGGAAUCAGAGCAUGGAUGGGAAAAGACGGAUUGGAUUAUUUAAAGUAUGAAAAGCCUGACAUAUUGUGCUUACAAGAAGUAAAAUGUUCUCAAGAAAAAUUGCCUGAGGAGGUAAAAAAUGUUCCUGGCUACCACGCUUACUGGUUGUGCAGUGACAAAGAUGGCUACGCUGGCGUAGGCAUUUAUACAACUAAAUUAGCAAUGAAUGUCCAAUAUGGGUUACAAAAUGAAGAAUUAGAUAGCGACGGUCGAAUAAUAACAGCAGAGUAUGAACAGUUCUAUUUAAUAUGUACCUAUGUUCCAAAUGCUGGUCGCAAACUGGUCACCCUCUCUAAAAGACUAAAAUGGAAUGAAGAAUUUCGGAAAUUUGUAAAUUCUUUGGACGAAAAGAAACCUGUUAUAAUAUGUGGUGAUAUGAAUGUGGCCCAUAAUGAAAUAGACUUAACAAAUCCUAAAACAAACAAAAAGAAUGCUGGUUUCACUGAUGAAGAACGCUCUGGUAUGACUGAGCUGCUAGGGGACGGCUUCGUUGAUUUAUACCGACACUACUAUCCAGAGAAGACUGGUGCCUACACAUUCUGGAGUUACAUGUUUAAUAGUAGAGCGAAAAAUGUCGGAUGGCGUUUGGACUACUUCAUUGCAUCACAGAGACUACUACCAGCACUUUGUGAUACCGUGAUAAGAGACAAGGUCUAUGGCAGUGAUCAUUGUCCAAUAUCGCUUUUCCUGCAUAUAAGUAGUGCGGAUAAGCCUAAAGAAUAGACAUUUCGUAAAACUACAAAGAAAUGUGCUUAAAGAAUCUUGAACAGAAAAUAAUUCAUUUUCAUAAGUCAAUAAAAUUGAAUAAACAUU